GUGGUUCUGACUGGAGGUUUGGGUUUUUUGCGGGUUCAGGUUCUGUUUUAUUUCUGUAACAUCUCGAGAAGUUAUAGACUGUAAUCAACCACAGCAGAAGCCCAUUAUCAGUGAGAACAAGUGAGGUUGUUUUGAGGUCGGAUGAUAUCUACGAUGAGGUCGUAACAGAAGCUAAUCCUGCGUUCGGUCCAGAUUGAUGCCAGAAUGGCCACUGCUAAGAAAGCGUCGUCUAAGACGGGGGGUGUUCGCUUCGCGGAGGAACCGGCCGCCGCCGCCGCUCACUCGCAUGUGCAUUUUGACGAGAAACUGCACGACUCCGUCGUCAUGGUGAUACCCGAAUCAACCGGGAACUUCCUGGUUAAGGUGGGCUUCCUGAAAGCGCAGCACCGAUAUGAGAUCCUGUUCACACUGCCUGAGGUGCCAGAGCUCGGGAAAGACGUGUGUCCAGCCCCCAUCCCCAAUCCACACCUGCGGAUCACUAAUAUAACCGCGUCCUCAGAUGGAGGUCUGAGGGUGACGUGUGAAUAUAUGGCCCAUCAGGAGGGAGUGAUGUGUGAGGAGGUGCAGAUUCUUAGUGAGAGCAAAGAGGACGUGUGUGUGAAGGUCAAAGUUCACGCCCGUGUCAUGGACCGUCUCCACGGGACCCCGAUGCUGCUGGAAGGCGUGCGGUGUGUGGGAGCAGAACUCGAGUACGACUCUGAGCAAAGCGACUGGCAAGGCUUCGACUAAACGCCUGAACACACACACUUCCCCUCUCAGUGGCACAUACUGCGUUUGAAAACACACUGUGGUCACUGGCUUCUUUGUACUGUUACAAUGGAAUGCAGGAAUGAUCUGUCGUUUACUGUAGCUCUCUGUGAUUUGUCGUUUUUCAGGGUUGGAGGGGGAAAAAACAAUCAAAUAGUGUGUUUUGCUCUGAAUUCAAGUAUUAUGACAAUGUUUCUUUUAGAUAAAACAAAUAUAAUAUGCUUUUAUGUCUGUGUUACUGCACUUUCUUGCUCGAAUCUGUGUGAUUUUAAACUCAAUCUAGGGUAAUGCUUGUGCUCACUGUGAAUCAGCCUCUUGUUUGUACCAGUAGGGGGCGCUGCUGACCACAACAUCAAACUUACAUGUUGCACCAUGAACUUUAUCGCAUUGUGGCUUAAAAGUGUGAAUGUUUUGAUUCAUGAACUGAAAUUGAUUUACUCGGAUCAAAUUUCAUUUUAGAUCCAUGUUUGCCCUGAUAUAUUUUAAUAAGAUCGUCACUUUAAGGGCUGUUCAUAAAUCUUUUUAUGUGUAACAUUGGUCUGUUUUGUAGAGCCGAAGUGCCUGAAAUCAUAAACCUUCUUAGUUGAUUUGACUGAUGCCAGCAUGUGAGCCAUUAAACAUUGAAUGUUUGCAGCGUAGUAUUGUAUGGAGCCCCAGAAAAUAUGAGAUGGGAAUUAAAUCAA